CCUCCCCGUUUACCAGAGUGCGGAGACGCUGCUCCCCUGCUGCCCACACCAGUGCUCGCUCUGUGUGGUGGGCACUGCCGUGGGGCGAGGAAAUGGCCAUGGGGCUUUGGGGGCCAGGCGUGAGGGGCCCCGCUUGGCUCAUUAACUUGUGUCCCAGGUCAAAAACAUGUCUGAGGCCCCUAGCAGCUCCCUGACCAUCCACAUGUUGAACACUCUGAUGGGCCAGCCUGCAACAGGCCUGGCCAUGCACCUGUCCCAGCUCGAAGGUUUGGAUUUCAGCUUUGCCAAUGUGGGUGGGCACUGCCCGCUCUUCCUGGCUCCUGGGCAGGUGAAGGCUGGCACAUACAAGCUGCACUUUGAUACUGGGGCUUACUGGCAGCAGCUGGGCUACACUAGCUUCUACCCCUAUGUGGAGGUUGUCUUCAUGGUCACAGAGCAAACCCGGAAGCUGCACAUCCCUCUGCCGAUCAGCCCCUUCUCCUAUACCACCUACAAGGGGAGCAAGAGCACAAGGGAGAGCAGGUCGGCCCCCGCGGCCAGCCUGGCCAUGGCUCCAGAGAUGGGCUGGAGGAAGUGACAUGAGAGAGGGGCUCAGGGGAGGGGGAGCUAUACUAUUAAAGGGUUCUUUCAACAGCACUUGCCUUAGCCUGACACACUCAGCUGCUCGUUAGUGAGCUCUGCGGAUCUGAGUGGUAAAGCAGCCAAGGAGACAGACAGCUCAGCUCCAGGAAGGGCAGCAUGGCUCUGCUGCUCAGGGGCCCAGUUCUCCCUGCUGGUGAGCACAGUCCCUCCAGAGCCAGCAGGGCUCAUCGCUCUUCCCAAGGCAGAGAGCUGUGCAUACAGAG